GCAAACAAACAGCCAACAAUAAUAUUCGGGCAUGCUCAAAUCUCCACUCAUGUGAGUGUUGGCUCCUGCUACUCUGGGGUACUUGAUAGUGGUGGUAAAAAACACAGCCAUCCACCAACAAAUUCAAGUAAAUGGAGCAACACCACACAACAAUAUUGGCCGGCACCAGACCAACAGACUGCCAAAUAAGAUUUCCACCAAGAAUUGUCAAUACAAACGCGUAACGAAACGGUCGUUGGUGCUCACGACGAGUAACGUCAAAACAACAACGUCAAGAAGAAGGAAACGGCAAAACGAAAACGACAAAUCGCGAAGCUCAGCUAUAUGACCAAUAUAUACCUGGGAAAAAGUGCUUGACUCGGCCAUUCUUAGGCAGACAGACGGACACCCCACUAUUGCAAACAGGCCAAAAAGAAGCCGUUAGUCGUUACCGCCAACUCUUUACAGACGGUUGCGAUGAGAGCUUAAAGUGAAACAGUUUUUCAUUUUUAUCAAAAAGAAGAAUUCAAUCAAAAAAACAAAAAUUAUUGCUGAGUUCAAAAAAUUUGUGAAAAUAACUUCUUGAAAAUAAAUAUCAGCAAUUUCCGUUUUCAAGAAAUUUAAGAAGUUGCAAUAUUGCAAAAAAAAAACAAAACAAAAAAAACGAAACGAAAAAAAUAGAAUCUAAAUUUAAUCGAAACGUAUCGAAUGAUUUUUGAAAGUGUUUGCUUAAUUUCAAAACGUUAUCGGAAAAAUAAAUGGAUCAUCUUGCAUAUUUUUGAAAUCUGUGGCAUUUGAGUGAAAAAUAUUUGAUUUUAAAGGAAAAGUGAGAAGUAAAACAGACGAUACAUUUUUCGCGCUUCAAUAUUUUUCUAUUUGUGAUAUCGAGUUACCCACCAAAAAAUUAUCUUCAAUGAAAAUGGAGGAUCCCAACCUCGCUGACCAGUAUGUACAGGAAUUUGUGCUCGAACAUCUGGAGGAUGGCACGUCGGCGACGGUGGGGGUAAAGCGUGAGGAUCACAGUCCCACCACAGCGGUAGCCAAAAUCACUUGGAGCACUGAACCUGCACCCAUGGCCCCGGAAGACGAAGAGACCGCCGUAGAACCUCUGAUUAAAAUGCGCGCCUUCUCCACCAACUGGUCACAUAUGGAUGAGCGACGUUUACAGCCCUUGUCACCUCCACCGGAAAUUUACACACAUGGACCAAUGGCAGGUCAGGCGAUACUGGUUAACACCACAGUACCGGGCGGAGUGCCUUCUACGCCACCCGAAACUCCUCCGGUUAUAGGUUCGCCCACUGGCAGUACCUGUGCUCAGGCUUAUGCUGGAGUUGCAGCUACACAUUAUACAACUCAUCAUAGGCCGCCGCCCGCUAGUGCAGGUCUGACCCAAGAAAUGAUGUGGCUUCCCAACUCCAUGCGGGCAGAUCCGCAGCCCUUGGAUUUACGACCUUUAGCAGGGCCCACACAGGAGGAAGAAUGGGAAAGACAUCGUGAAUACAUGCAAUCGGUAGCCGCCGCCAGUCAUCACAGCCAUCAUCUACAUUUGCAACAAAACCAACACCACCACCAUCAUCAUUUCCAGCAUUUGGAGCACCUGACACCCAUCAACAUGCAUCCCUCGCCCUAUCACAACAUCUCCAAUUGCCCGCCCGGUGGUGUGGCCCAUGUCAUACAUCAGAACCCUCCUAACGGCACCAAUCAUCCAUCAUCAACAAAUCGUCCCACUUCAGUAUGUUCCACAAGAUCUUCAACAAAUUCCCCGCGUACUGUUUCAGGCCAUUACUCCACCUCCAGCAAUCUGGGCCUGGACGAUUGCAUUGACGACGAUCUCCUCACAACUCUUACAGUUCGAGAACUGAACAAACGCCUGCAUGGCUGUCCACGUGAAGAGGUGGUGAGGCUGAAACAAAAACGCCGUACUUUGAAAAAUCGCGGCUAUGCUCAAAAUUGCCGGUCCAAGCGUCUGCAUCAGCGCCACGAGCUGGAGAAAACCAAUCGCCAACUAAAUCAAGAUCUGCACCGUCUGAAAGCGGAGUACACACGUGUUUGUCAAGAGCGCGAUCAACUAAAACAGCGUUUGCAGUCACGCAAUGGUACAAGUUCCUCGGGCCAAAAUAAUUCCUCUAAUUGUGGCGCCACCCCUUCAUGUGUUAUAACUUUGAACGGCGGCACAGGGGGUUCGGUCGCAUCCGGUGGCGGUGCAACGGCUCAGCAACAGCUUAAUACUGAAAAUCAAAGCUCUCCCGAAUUCUACCUCUGAC